AUGUACACCAACGGCACUACAGUGGACCAUUCUCCUUGCAGGUUUUGGCGCCAAGUCGGGGGACAUCUGCGCCUGAUUGAAUGCAACAGCGAUGGCAUUGUGUGGGGAGUCGGUUAUGACCACACCGCCUGGAUUUACACAGGGGGUUAUGGAGGAAGUUUUUUGUCAGGUUUGGCAGGCAGCCCUGAGAAUAUUCACCCCCAGACUGAUGUGAAGGGCGUCUAUAUUUACGAAAAUCAACGGUGGAAUCCCGUCACGGGCUACAGUAACAGAGGCCUGCCCACCGACCGGUAUAUGUGGAGCGACGCCUCUGGUUUAUGCGAGUGUACCAAAGCUAACACCAAGCCCCCAUCCCCGCUGUGGUCUUGGGUGUCUGACUGGGCCAUCGAUUUCAGUAUUUCGGGUGGGACCGACCGAGAAGGUUGGCAGUACGCAGCAGACUUUCCCGCGUCUUAUCACAGCUACAAAACAAUGAGGGACUUUGUGCGCCGGAGACGCUGGGCCAGGAAAUGUAAGAUUGUCACCAGUGGGCCCUGGCUGGAAGGACCUCCCAUCGCUCUGCGAGAUGUUUCUAUCAUGUCGCAGCCUCCUGGGUCGACGGAAGAUUUUGUUCCCCUUUGGGCCAUCAGCGACAAGGGAGACGUGCUGUGCCGGCUGCAAGUCACACCCCAAAACCCAGCGGGCACCUCUUGGCUGCAUGUGGGAACAGACCAACCCUUUGUUUCAGUCACCAUAGGAAUGUUUUACCAAGUCUGGGCUGUCGCCCAAGAUGGCUCGGCAUUCUGUCGCGGUUCAGUGUCAUCAAAGAAACCAGAAGGCGAAUGCUGGUACCACGUUCCUUCUCCUCUGAAGCAGAAGUUAAAGCAAGUGUCCGUGGGACGAACGGCUGUGCUGGCGGUGGAUAAAAAUGGUAAUCUGUGGUUUCGUGCCGGAAUCACACCGAGUUACCCUCAAGGAUCUAGUUGGGAACAUAUUUCAAACAACGUCCGGAAAGUUUCUGUGGGACCCUUGGAUCAGAUCUGGGUGAUAGCUGACAAAGUCCAAGGGAGUCACAGCCUGAGCUGUGGAACUGUCUGCCGUCGGACCGGCGUCCAACCGUUGGAACCCAAGGGCGCCUCUUGGGACUACGGCAUUGGGGGAGGCUGGGAACACAUCACCGUACGAGGAAACGCCACCGAAAGGACCAAGAUGGCAGCUCAGGAUGGUCCAAGCAGCUCUCCUCGGGACCUUAGUAGCUUAGAAGUUCCCGGAAGCUACGAGCCGCGAACCACCAUUUUUGUAGACGGCGUCCAAGGCUUGGACCGAAACGCUGUCCAGUGUUGACUGGUCUGGUCUCUUGAAGUUUCCACCUUCCGCUCAUUCUGGAUCACGGAAGCUACCCUGAAGACUAGGCUGGUGUUUGAACGCUCGUUCUGAGUGUGCCAAGAGGCCAAGUCAACUCCCAAGCAUGCCGUACUACUGAACCCUUCCAUCUUGUGUCCCUUUGGUGAGAGAGCGGGAGUGUUGACCCCAUCCUCCUCCAAGGGAUGCUCCACCCUGGGUGUCUGCCAGGUGUUGUGCGGUUGUGAUCUCCCAGAAUUCCCCACUUCUCAAUGAGCCUUCUGGGAGUUAAGAUUCAACACACACACAGAGAGAGAGAGAGAGAGAGAGAGGAGAAGAUGCAAGAGGGAGAAGAUCUGGUUUGGAGAUGGUUGAAUGGAAACACUGCAUGUCCAUCACCCCAGUGGGAGAACUGGAUGUUUGUGUAUAUGCUGUGUGUGAAUUCUGCUUGUGUUGUUGUUUUAACCCCUUAAUUUAUUGUGGUGUUCCUUAGGCCUGGUGGAAUAGGAUGUUCUCCAGUAGCUCUGGAUUCGUUCCCAUCCACUAAGCCAUGGUUUAUGCUGGCCAGUACAUGACCCAACAUGUAGCUCGACCAAGGUCGAUUAACCCUUUCUAUUAUAAGCCCCCACUCAAGAGUAUCUUUGACCCCCACCCCAACCCUGGCUUUUCUUAGAUGUUCCACAGGCCGGACCUGAUCUAGGCUGAGCCAGCCUCCCUGACGGUUGACAUAAAUAAACUAAGCCAGUUUAGUUAAUUCUAUAGCAAGCACUUCUAUUUUUUUUU